AUGGUUGUUAUGCUUAGUCCAUGCAUAAAGUUAUUAUUGGCGGCAUUAUGUCUACAAAUCACCCUGUGUGAAUGCCAUACUCCUGUUAACAAUACAGCUAAUACUACAGAAACGUUGAAUGCAUCUUCAAAUGUGAAACAGAUUGUCAAUCCUGUAAAAUCACUAACACUUCACUUCUGUCCAUCAGCUAGAAAGAGAAAUGGUAUUGAUCCUAAUUCAACCGUACCACUAAACAAAAGAGGUGUGAUUAGCCAUCAUAUACCAAUUCAACAUUUAAUUCCAUUACAUCAUGAAUUGAAGUCUAUAUCAGUGAAUUUCGACGCCAAAUGUCUUCCUAAACCUAUUCCAUUUGGAAAAAGAAUCAAGAUAUCCAAAGCACCUGAACAGUUGAAUGUUAGUGAUGUGACCAGCGAGAUACCAGAUAAUAUUUCAAGUAUUUCGGCUAUAAGACAUGAAGAAGUUCAAUUACAACAAGCAGGAUCAAUGUGUAACAGACCAGUGAAAUGUUGUUGCAUAAAUGUUAGACCGAUAAAAAGAAACAAGAAAAUAUACUUCAGAAGCAGCGGAGCUGUUGGCAAGAAGAUAGUAUGCCGAGGCAAUCGGAAAUAUGUUCGAUGCGGCAAAGGAGCUGGUAGCAGAAGCGUUGGGAAGCGCAUAGUGAUACGUGGAGGAGGAGGAGGAGGAGGAGGGAAACGAGUUCGAGUAGUUAGAGUGGGAGGAGGUGGAACAGUUGUGAAACGUGGCGUGAAGACUGGCGGUAAGAAGAUCGUGAGAGGCGUAGUGGUACGUCGAGUUGGAGGGAAACGAGUUCGACUCGUCAGAGUGAGUGGAGGUGAGAAAACUGUGAAACGUGGCGUAAAAACUGGUGGCAAGAAGAUCGUAAGACGCGUAGUGAUACGUAGAGCAGGAGGAGGUAAACGAGUUCGAGUCGUUAAAGGAGAAGGACAUCGGAGAAAAGUGAAACGUGGUAAAAAGAUUGUGAGACGUGUAGUGAUACGUGGAGCAGGAGGGAAGCGAGUUCGAGUAGUCAAAGGAGAAGGACAUCGGAGAAAAGUGAAACGUGGUAAAAAGAUUGUGAGGCGUGUAGUGAUACGUGGAGCAGGAGGGAAGCGAGUUCGAGUAGUCAAAGGAGAAGGGCAUCGGAGAAAAGUUAAACGUGGUAAAAAGAUUGUGAGGCGCGUGGUGAUACGUGGAGCAGGAGGGAAACGAGUUCGAUACGACAAGAAUGGCAAACGAAUUGUUGUGAGAAUUAAACGUACUAGAAGGACAGUAACAGAUAGACCAGAUGGACUGAGAAAGAUGAAACGUAGACUUCGACGAAUAAGAAGGAGAAUGAUAAUAAGAAUUAAAACUAUACACGUUCAUGACAAAGAUGGCACAGUGGUAACUAAAACCAUAAGAAGGAAACGAACACCGUCUGAAGAUUUUAUUCCUUUUAAAAAGACGAAGCAUUCUGUUCAUAAAAAUAUAUCUGAUGGCAUUAAGCAUAUUGACAUUUGUAAGUGCUUAAAAUAA